AUGUGCAAUUAUGCGACGGAACUUUUGAAAACAUACUGGCGUAAAAGAGGCGGUAAACCAAUUGCAAAUUCUUCAUCGUCUACUAAAUAUAAAGACUGCACGUCAUCCUUUCCUUCUAAACCUUCUGUUAAUAAGAAAUCAAAUGGACAAGUUAAAAGUAGCUCAUUAUCCGUCAAGAAACCUUCAUUAUCAUAUCGCAAGACCUCUCAUAAAUCUCACACGAAUGGAAUCACUAAUAUUGCUUCACCCGAAUCAGCUUCGAAAUCUCAUAAUCAUUCUCUUGUCAAAUACAGAAAAGAAAACGCGCAGAAAUUCAAUUAUAGUAGAAGAAAUGAUUUAAAUUUCGAGAAAGAGACCUCGUCUAAAUUAUCUCGACUUGGAGAGUUCAACAAAUAUAAUCCUUCUUCCACGAUCGAGGUUAAUAAAAGUGAGAAUCACGUUUCUUCUAAGAUCAAGAGCAGAAUUACACCCAAUCUUGACGAUGAGGAAAGUGAUGAGUCAUUUAGCGAUGCAACAUAUCAAGAUACCAUGGAAAUAGACGAAGUGAACGAAGAUGAACCAUUUGUGGCACAGCAAAACGAGCAAGAUUCUAACGAAAAACCGAGAAUCGAGUUUCCAAAGGCUAAACUCGGGCCAAGAAAACCAAAAAGUUAUAGUCUUAUUAAUGAAAAAGAAAAUAGUAAUACGAAAAGUCUUGAUGAAAAUUGGGAUCCUUAUAUUGAAGAAGUUGUUGCUAUUGAACCACAUGAUCAAAAUCCCAAUGUGCUUUGGAUUUAUAUUUCUUGGCGAAGUGGAUACAUAUCGGUUCAUCUUAAUACGGAAGUUAAUAAAUUAUGUCCAUUGAGUGAAAAAGGACCCAUAUCAAUUGCUACAUAUAUGAAACAAGUAUUAACAAAUCCAAACAGUGGAUAUUAUAUGAAAGGUGAUGUAUUUGGUGUAAAAGGUGAUUUUAUUACUUCGCCCGAAGUUAGUCAAAUGUUUGGAAAAUCACAAAAAUCACAAAUAAUUGAAUUAGGACCAGGGAGAGGGACAUUAAUGGAUGAUAUGCUUCGUGCAAUGUCAAAUUUUCCAAAUUUUUAUAAUACAAUAAAUGGAGUACAUUUAAUUGAAAUUAGCCCUGAAUUAAGAAAAUUACAAUUAAAAAAACUCUGCGAAAAUCAGAUUGAGGGUGUGCCAGAAAUGGUUAACCGUGAUAAUGAUGGAAUGAAAUUUUAUUGGCAUAAUAAAAUUGAGGAUAUUCCGGCUGAAUGUUCCUUUAUUGUUGCUCAUGAAUUUUUUGAUGCUUUGCCUAUUCAUAGAUUCGAGCUUACAGAUAAGGGAUGGAGAGAAUAUAUGGUCGAUAUAGAUACUUCGGUAGACAGUUCUUAUCAUUUUCGUUUAAUCCUCUCACCACAGCCUACAAAAGAAUCUAUAACAUUAACAUCAUCAUCACAAUACGCGAAAUUUAAUAUUGGAGAUCGUAUAGAGGUAUCACCAGAUUCUUGUAAUAUGACACAAAAAAUUUCAAAUCAAAUUUCAAAAUUUGGUGGUGCUGCUUUAAUCAUUGAUUAUGGUCAAGAUUAUGUGCAAAGUGAUACAUUAAGAGCUAUUAAAGAUCAUAAAUUUGUUCAUUCAUUAAGUUUACCGGGAUAUGCUGAUUUAAGCGUUGAUGUAAAUUUUUUUUACUUAAAGGAAUCAAUUCAAGGACAAGUUAAUACAUUUGGUCCAGUAACACAAUCAAAAUUCUUACAUUCGAUGGGAAUAACAACUAGAUUAUCAAUGCUACUUAAUCAAACGACUUCAAUUGAACAACACAAAGCGUUAUUCAAUUCUUAUAAGAGAUUGGUAGAUCCUUUAGCCAUGGGAAGAAUUUACAAAUCGAUUAACUUUUCUAAUUUUAAUUUUCCAACUUAA